AUGAAGAAAACUACGAAAGAUUUGGCGCCUAUAGCCAUACCACAUGGCCCACCUGUGGAAUCUACUGCUGAAUACUACAAAUCGCUCAUGGAAAGUGCAAGGAUGGUAAAGAAAUAUCCAGUAUGGGACGUAGCUCGACCUACUCCCCAAGUGCUGAUGGAGCAAGCACGCCGAGAUCUAAUGGAAGCAGACGAGAAAUUAGUAGCAAAACGUGAAGAAGAAGCAAAAUAUCGCAUUGUCAUGGACGCCAAGUGGCAGGAGCUGCGUAAUAAGGAAAUAUUGCUCAAAGAAUCUUUUAUUAGUUUUAACAAGUUUAUCCGAGAGAAUCAGGAAAAGCGCGAUCGCGCCGAACGCAAGAUGGAAGCUGACAGCGUAGUCCUCGAAAGAAAGACUCGUGAAACUGAGGCGAUGCGACUGCGUGUGCAAGAGAUGGAACAGGUCAAACAACUUAUGGAAAAGCAAGUUAAAGACUACACUAUUUACGAGGAUUAUCUCAUGGCAGUGGUACGCGCAUAUCCUGAGUUUAAGCAGCCAUUAGACGUUUUGAACAGAUACGAAGCUUUGGCGGCUGCCAAGAGCACCCUGGCGGAGAGGCAGGAGCGUGACCUGGAAAUGUUGGAGGAAGCGCGUCAGGAGAUAGCUGCGCUAACGGAGGAGAAGAAGCUGUUUAUUAUGGGUCUAAAUAACACUCUUGCCAAUUUAAGGUGGCAAUAUGACAAAGUGAGAAACCGCGUGAUCAAAUGGGAACUGGCACUGAACCGUCUGAAGGAGACAGCGGCCAACAGGCACGUGGAGUUGUGUCACGUGCGCGCCGCCAUCUGGGCGCUCUACGUCAAGAUAUGCAACCAGAAGGGCCUGCCAAUUGAUGUAGACACAUCAGACUUUGAACAGCAAUUGGUGGUCAUCAUGAGGGCUCUUCUGGAGCUGAGAAGGAUCUAUAGGAUCGCCCAGCGAAGAUCUAAAGAGAAAGAUGCUGAAUCCAUGCAAACGGCUUGA